AUGGAACCUUUCUCCACUUCAGUCUUCAAGUUCAUUCGGCAGGUGAGUUGUUACACACUCCUUAGCGGAUUCCGACUUCCAUGGCCACCGUCCUGCUGUCUAGAUGAACUAACACCUUUUGUGGUGUCUGAUGAGCGUGUAUUCCGGCACCUUAACCUCGCGUUCGGUUCAUCCCGCAUCGCCAGUUCUGCUUACCAAAAAUGGCCCACUAGAAACUCUCAAUCGCCAAGCGGUCCAAUCAAGCGACGGCUUGUUCUUACAUAUUUAAAGUUUGAGAAUAGGUUAAGGUUGUUUCAACCCCAAGGCCUCUAA